AGAAAACGAUUUACGCGUGUUCAGCCAACACAACAACCACGUUGGCAUAAUCAAUCUUACAUGCUAUUUCUCGCACUUCGUCAACACCAUGAAUCAUCCAUGGCCCGUACUGAUUUAAUCAAAUCAGCACUUACUCUAGACAAAAAGAUCAGUGAAGAACGAUCAUUGCCCAGAGUAUUUCGAGGAAAGACACCCAUGAACUCUGCUUCUGCCAUCUUGACCAAUAAUUCAGAUCGUUACUUUAUUCCAUUCAAGCCUGAAGGUAGUCGGUCUAUGCAUUUUAGACUCUCUUUUGAACCGGGCAAUUUUGACAGUGCAUUUCAUGAAUACACAACAUGGCAAGACCAGCUAAUGCAGGAUUGGACGCAUUAUUUUCAACAUCACAAAAGAGCCAAACUAGUACAAGACUUACAGGUGAAUCAAGAGGAAACCUAUGCAACAGAAUUUGAUGAAUUCAUUGCUAAACGUAAAAAAGCAAGAGAAUAUAACUCGGAUACACCUAGGACAUGGCAUGAUUUGCUAUCGAUACAGAACGGUGUGAUAGCCAAACAACAUUUACCCAAACAUACGCCUCUAGGAUUUUAUUUUGGUGUGCCUAUGACAGAAGACGAAUUUGACUCCUUAAAGGAUGGACUAGGAAAAGCCUCAGAGAUGGCUAUCAUGUAUAGAAAGACAGUGAUUGAUCCAACCAAUAGUGAAGGCAACCUGUAUUUUCAUCCAACAGGAGAACCAUUAUGCCCCUUUCACUGUAUAGAAGAAACCCCAAUAAGAGAAAACGUGAAUAUUGCGUUUUAUGAAGGAGAUACAGUGAACCAGAUUGUGUGUUGGACAAAGCGAGAAAUAGAAAAGGGCGAACAACUGUUUGUGUAU